UGAGUGGGUUGACUCCCUCGGAGAUGGAUGUUGAUUCAAAGCCCCUAUCAGGUGAUUCUGAUGGGUGUCCAGAGGGUAAGCAUGCUUCAUCUGAGAGGAAAGUCUCCCCAGAAAAGCUAUAUAGAACAGUCUGGCUGAAGAGCCGUUUCGCCGACACAAUUGUAAAAGCUCAGAAUUCUCUUGACCAGGCUAACAGGGGGGAUCCUGAGAAACUGCAGCGUGAGAGGGAGGAAAUUGAGACGCAGCGAAGGGAAGAGAGAGCAAGGCUUCAAGCAGAAGCUAAGGCUGCUGAAGAUGCUCGUAGACGAGCUGAAGUGGAAGCUGCAGCAGAAGCUAAGCGCAAGAGAGAUCGUGAGAGGGAAGCGGCACGUCAGGCCUUGUUACAGGCAUGUACUUGUUUCUGUUUGGUGAUCUUCUUUCAAUGUCUUUUGACAUUAAUGCAGAUACUUUUGACGUUACUGCAGAUGGAGAAGACAGCGGAGAUCGAUGAUUACCGUCUGGUUCUUAAAGAUCUGGAAAUUCUUACAAGAAUUCCAGCUGGAAGAAUACCCAUGUCCCUCAAUGAGAAGUGCCCAGUUCAUUAUUUUCUGGAUGAUGUAGAAGAUUUCAGAUUUGGAGGGAUUAACCCUAUGGAGCAACCUGGUUCAUUCAUGAAAGUGGAUGAUGAAGAAGAGGAAGAGGGUAAAACUAAAAGGGCUCCUCCGAGUGAUGUUGAGGAAGGAGAGAUCGUAUGACACUAUGUACCUUUGCAUGGCUUUGGUUUUGCUCUUGGUUUAAAAGCACAUGGUGCUGCAGGAGCCUCAUGAAAUGUACAUAGACAGGGUUGAAUGCAGUUGGUGUCCAUA